CCACUCAGAAUCAAAAUCGGGCUCUGGGGUCGCUCAACCCCUCUUUCAGUACCAAAGAGUAUAAAGAGUGAUUUUAGUCGGCGUUAAUUGUAAGGACUGCAUUUAAAAGGACCACAAGAGUCCCAAAAGAAAGUCUGCGAUGGCUUCGACGCCCUCCGCUUCAGCGCUGUCAGCUGUGCUCCGGUGUCAGGGGAAUAUCCUCGCCAGAAAACAGGCGAACAAGAAGCGGCCUCCAGCGGCAGUGUAUGGGCUCGGGAUGACAUGUGGAGACUCGGUCAAAUCUUCUUUUCGCUCUCUUUGGGGAUUCGUAUUUCACAGGGAGCGAGUGGAGAUUCUCGGGGUUUUGUCCGUUGCAGUGCGAUUUGAAACGGACUGUUCAGGAAAAUCUUCGAUAAGAAAUGGUGAAUCCAAAGAUCUUCUGGUCAAAAGCUCCCCAAAGACUGACAACAAAAUGUUAACUAGGAAAGCAUCAAGCGAACAAAAUCAAUGGCCAAAGACGAAACUGACGUCGGACAAUACUUUUGCUUUUAAACCCCAACGUUACAGAGUUUUAUUCAAAAACAACCUGGUUCUGCGACUGGAUGGCACGUAUUUACGAAAAUUGAACUCCGAUUAUCCAUGGACUUGUUGUAUUUGUGUACUUUGCGCUCAGAACAAGAGCACACUAAACUACAGUAAUGUAAUCCCGUUGUUUUCUCUUGGCUUAUUGUGGAUUUUAAGGAAUAAACUGAUAUAUUUCACAACCGCAGUGUCAGACAGUGUGCGGAAGCAGCAACUUGGAAUAGGCUGGAACCAGCUUCAUCCGGAUGUAAAUUGUCGCCAAUGUGGUUUUAAAAGUGUGAUAAGUUGUGUGGAUGUGCCAAAUGUAGGCCUACUUCUGAACAUCAUGAGGAUCAAGACACUGGAAGGAGCUGAACCUGGGGAAUGAGUCUUCUGCUGAAGACAAUAUGGAUGACAUGCACUUCACACAAAUGCACUUUCAUAGAUACAGUUGUGCUCAAAAUUAUUCAUACCCUUGGUAAAUACGAUCAAAGGCAGCCCUGAAAAUAAGUUUGCAUUGUUUAUCCAUUUGAUCUUUCAUU